AGCUGCUGUUUGUUUGCUUCAGAAUCCUUUCAAGUGCUGAUCCGCCCGCUUUGCUUCGUGCAGAUACUUCCGGUUUCACGUUACGAUUUCCGCUACCGCAAUAUCCGGAGGAUAUACGGAGUUAGCAGAUCGGGGAGAGAGAUGCGGGUGUCCGUUCUUCUCGUGUUGGUAGUUGGACUGGGCGCCUGUUGCCUGGCAGAGGGAGAGGGUAAGGUGGAGUUCCAGGUCCAGGACGAGACGUGCUCUGACUAUUGCGCCGCUACCUACCCUAAACACACGUACCCCGAGCCCGAUGACCACUGUGCGUGUACCAGAGGCUGUCGUAUGGCCGUCAUGGACGCUCUAAUGUCCUGGCCAUUUGCACCAGAUCGCUCCUUUUGCCUGUCCACAUGUAAAGAAGCGUAUGGCUCCGACGGUCACUUGUAUGCCUGCCAGACAGGCUGCAACGUGACAACCAUAGACCAAAAGGUACCAAAUAGAGACCAAAUCUACCAGACCACAGGAGGGACCAAGGAGUUUGGUUUAGUCAUGGAAUUGUUUGAAGCGAUCAGCAGCCAGCUACCAAACGGUGACGGCCAGAUGGAAAUGCUGACACAGCAAGCAGAGAGCAUGUACCAACUGCUGCCUGGAGGAGGAAAAGUAUCCGCGUUUGUCAUCAUUGAGGAAAAUGAAGGAUCGGUGGAGAUAGAAUAUGGCGAGAGUAUUGUUGAUGGUAAGUUUCUUGAGGUCACUCUGCUUCACCUUGAGUGUGUCCUCAGGCCUUGGGUAUGCAGAGAGGCUGGAAGACCUUCAAAACCGGAGGCGGAGGAAGAGGAGAAGGGGGGAGAUGGGGCGACCACAUACCGCGUGUCUUGUCCUUGGAAGUACACCACGGGAGGGAGGACUCCUGUCUCUGGUUGGCGUUGGACUCAUUCUAGUGGCCAUCGUCACCUGCUGCUGCUCUGGACUUCUGUCUGAUGAGGUGGAGACUACCAACCAGGAGACUGGCACUAAAAAGAGAGAGUCUCAGCUGAUGGCAGUGGAGGUGAGGAAGGAGAAGAUGAUGAUGAUGUCUCCUCAGCUGCAGUCUCCGCCCACCUUCUCCCUGGGCUAUCCUCAGCCUCUCCCUGUCUACAGCGAGAAGAAGAGCACUCAGCUGUGAACUUGUUGCACACUCCCUCUCCUCUCAUUUUACCUCAUCACAAUGUCUUUUUGCACUUUCCUUUAGUUAGCAGUAUACGCGCGCUCGCGCUAGGAUAAGCGCCAAAAGAAAACGGUGCGCUUGUGCCGCGUGUUUGUUCUAAUUGGUGCUCACUAUAGCAGGUAACACAGAUGGACAAGCCAAGAUACGCCAAAGUCAUCAAAAUAAUAGGCCGCACUGGAUCCCAAGGUCAGUGUACGCAGGUUCGGGUAGAGUUCCUGGACGAUGGGCGGACCAUCAUUAGGAACGUGAAGGGUCCAGUUCGUGAGGGAGACGUCCUUUGUCUGCUGGAGUCCGAGCGAGAGGCGCGGAGACUGCGGUGACGACUGACUUCGUGUGUUACAAGAAAAGCAGACCCUGUGGACUAUGGCUACUACCUUUUAUGUGUGAUAUACCAUCUUGAAGUCUACAUUACAAUGGGCGAUAUGAAAAUGCAGAUUUCUAUACAAUGGGUGGUGGUGAGCUAGCGAACGUGGUGACAGUGGAAGUAAAGUCUGGCUAGACUGCGGUGCAUGUUCUUGAUGGCGUAAAUCACUCCAGCAGGGAUCCCUAAGAUCGAGGGACUACACUGCCGUCCCCGACGUCGCCCAGUACCAGAAACGAAAAAACCGGACAAAUCCCCUUAGCACAAGAACACACAACGCAAGCCAACCAAAAAAAACCAGGUUAUAUCUG